AUGCAGAUUGCUCAAGAAGAUCAAGGUGAUAGCAACAGCAGAUCAAAGGAGAAGGCACAGUGGAACAACCUAGAGAUUGAGAUGUUCAACAAAGCUGCUAGUACUAUAACAGCCAAGAAUAUCAGGAUGCAUGGCCCCAUCAAAACUGGAGUGCACUGUAGAAACAAGUUUACAUCACUCAAGGGAUCCUUCAAUCAAAUCAAUAAAUACUGCCACAAGUCUGGUGUUCACUGGGACCCUCAGAUUGGUGCCAACAUUGAAGGCACUGCUGCUGAAGGUGCUUGGACAUCCUAUAUCACCAACCUGUCCAAUGCAGGCAUGAAACAGUUCAAAAAUGGCUGGAGAUUUUAUGCUAAGAUGGAGCAACUUCUGACAAAGGACAGCGCUGCCCAUGGGGUGGUAGCAUAUAACCUAUUAGCUGAUGCAGCCCCUAGUGGUACCAGUGUUAUCACUGCCACAGGCUCAGAGGACAUACUGGCAGGUCCCUCUACCAAUAACACCUCAGAGAGUGCUGGUCCAAGUAUGACUGAUAGGAUUGGUGAUGAGGUCACCCAUGAACCUAUUACUUGGAACAUACUGCAUCUUAACACUGGGCUCCCAGUAGCCUUGAGUUCCAUUGUAGCUGCUCCUCCUCUCUCAUCAACAUCCAGCUUGGGAAAGCAUUCUCAUUCUGAUAUGUUGUUUGAUCACUCCCCUCCUGCUUCCACCUCUGUGUCACAGAUGUCAGAUACACUAUCAGACAAGAAACUCAAGCUUUCAACCCAGGGCAGUAGCAGGUCAUGUGUGAGCAUAAGCAAGAAGGUUGUAAAGGAGGCCACUAGCACCACUGCACUAAUGAAUCUUCAAGGCACUAUCAACCACUUGAUGGACUCUCUUACUAUAGUGUUUGGGGAGCCCAUUCAGUCAUAUACCAGUAAAAUGGGUGGUGUGAUGUUGUCAGCUGGGCCCAUGUACUAUGGUGACUGUGUGUACCUAUUGGCUGAUGAUGGGGGUGACAGGGUCAAGCAACCCUAG